AUGCCAGCUGACGGUCCUCUGGAGUCCGUCCAGGUGUUUGGACAUAAAACCCACCACAGCAGUUUCCCAGUGCAGGAGGGGGACGUCCUGAUCAGGGUGAACGGCAGACCUGAGGAGAGGGUGGAGCCUGCUACGCUCCAGAACAAGCUUCUGGAGCCAGUGCUGCGGAGCGUGGCACCGCACAGAUCUACACCAGCCAUGUCCACAGCCCUGCUUGCAUACUACCAGAAGGAUGUGGAUGAGGCCUCUGAGAAGGAGAUCCAGGACAUCCUGAUCCAGUACGACAGUGAUCUGAGUUCUGCCUACAUAUCCCACCAUCAGCAGGAGAGUGUGUCUGAGUACAGCCUGACUUUACAGCACAGGGUUCAUCCAACACCCGUCAACCUAAAUCCACAGUGCAGCCCUGAACCUGGACCGUCAGUGUAA